CUCCGGACCCAUUUCCGGGCGGACCUGAGCUGUCAGUCUGGUCCUGCUGGAGGAGGUCUGUCUAGGCUUUGUUUAUCGUCUUCUGUUGAAGGGUCUAACGGUACAAUCAUCUCACUUUGGAGAUUUUUCCGUCUUCUAAAUUAUCCUAUCCGUCCAUCAUAAGAGGUGACCGUUAUGUGGACGCAUUUGGUGGACGCACGGCACCAUGUUUACCGUUAAACUGAGCGGCCCGCUACGGGCUGUGCGGAGUAUCUCCUUCGGGCCCUGUGUCUCCCACCUCUCCGCCCUCUCCCGAUGCUCUGUGGACCAGAGGAGUGGAGCUGGAGCCCCCGGGGUCCACAGCCGGACCGCGUCUCUUCUGUCUGCCCGGCGGCUGGCGGUGACAGGCGGGCGGAGAGCGUUCGUUGUGUCGGCGGCGGCCGUUGUCAACAUGGCGCCCCCCGGGGUCCAGCCUUACCUCCGGUUGAUGAGGAUGGAUAAACCUAUAGGGACGUGGCUGCUGUACCUUCCCUGCGCCUGGAGCAUCGGGCUGGCCGCAGCCCCUGGCUGCCUCCCCCCCCUGGACAUGCUGACCCUGUUCGGGGCGGGGGCCGUGUUGAUGAGGGGGGCCGGCUGCACCAUCAACGACAUGUGGGACAGAGACUUCGACCGGAAGGUGUCCAGGACGGCCAGCCGGCCCAUAGCAGCGGGGGACGUGUCCCAGCUGCAGGCGCUGGUGUUCCUUGGAGGACAGCUGUCUCUGGGCCUUGGGGUGCUGCUCUGCCUCAACUACUACAGCAUCGCGCUGGGCGCGGCCUCCCUGUCCCUGGUGCUCCUCUACCCGCUGAUGAAGAGGGUGACCUACUGGCCUCAGCUCUUCUUGGGGCUGGCCUUCAACUGGGGGGCUCUGCUUGGCUGGUCGGCCGUGGCGGGCUCCUGUGAUUGGUCCGUCUGUCUGCCCCUGUACUUCUCUGGGGUGAUGUGGACCCUGAUCUACGACACCAUCUACGCCCAUCAGGACAAGGAGGACGACGUGAAGAUCGGGGUGAAGUCCACGGCGCUGAUGUUCCGGGAGCAGACCAAGCCCUGGCUGACGGGCUUCGCGGCGGCCAUGGUGGCGGGGCUGGGCGUGGCCGGGGUCAACGCCCAGCAGACCCUCCCCUACUACCUGACGCUGGCCUGCGUGGCCGCACACCUGGGGCACCAGAUCUACGCGCUAGACACCCAGCGACCAGAGGCCUGCUGGAACACCUUCGUGUCCAACAGGAACCUGGGUCUGCUGCUCUUCCUGGGGAUCGUCACCGGCAACUUAUGGAAGGAGAGGAGAGAGGCUUUACUGCAAGAUGAAGAACUGCAGACGUCUUGAGGAAGACGUUGGGCGUUCUUCAGAUGCUUUGUUCUUCUUUAUUUUCCACCAUGAACUGGUUCUUAUGU